AUGGCAAGUUUCUUUCGCGGAAAUAUAUUAUCAACACCAUUUCAACAAGCUAUUGAAAAAGCUACUGAUGGAAAUCAACCAACUGAAGAUUGGGCUUUAAUUAUGAAAAUUUGUGAUCAUGUUGUAAUGCAUGAAGAAAGUGCAAAAGAAGCAAUAAAAGUUAUUCGAAAACGUUUACAAAUAAACCCUCUUACAAAUGGAUGGCGUACUAUUGGAUUAACACUUACUUUAUUAGAAGCACUAACAAAAAAUUGUGGAAAAGUUUUUCAUUUACAAAUAGCACAAAAAGAUUUUUUAAAAGAUUUUAAAGCUGUUCUUGCUCCGAAAAAUAAUCCACCGCAAGCUAUACAAGAAAAAAUUCUUGGCAUGAUUCAAACAUGGGCAUUAGCUUUUCAUGAUGAUCCUGAUUUAAUUAAUGUUGAACAUUUUUAUGAAGAAUGUAAACAACAAGGUUUAGAAUUUCCACCAGCUGAACCUGAAAAUAUAAUUAAAGCAGCAGUACCAGCUACAGGAACAAUUGAACGUCCUGCACAAUAUUCGCGAUCAAUAUCUCAACCAGCAGCUGGUACAACACAUCGUCAAAAUCGAUCGAUGUCGGAUACUUCAACCCAACAAGGUACUCAAGAACAUUUGGUUUUAAGACAAAUGACAGCGGAGCAAAUAGCUAAAUUACGUAGUGAAUUAGAUGUUGUGCAAAAUAAUAUACAAGUAUUUGGUGAAAUGUUGGUUACAUUACAACCGGGUGAAGAACAUCCACAAGAUUUAGAUUUAUUAUUGGAAUUACAUAAAACAUGUAUACAAAUGCAAGCACGUAUUAUCGAUUUACUUUCACAAGUUUCCAUUGAUGAUAUGACUGUUGAUCUUUUACGUUAUAAUGAUGAAUUUAAUAAUGUAUUAAAAACCUUCGAAAAUUAUAUGUUAGAACGUGAAAGACGAGUUGGUCCACCUUCAAUGCCAAUAUCAAAUCAAACAGCAUCAACACCUCGAAGUGUAAUCUCAACUUCUCCAUCAUCAACAUCAAAGACAUCAUCUUCUUUACCACGUAAUCAAGAUAAUGAACCAGCAUUAAUCAAAUUUGAUGAAGAAUCAUCAACAUUACCAAUUAAUUUACAACAUAUGAAUAUUAAUUCAACAUUAUCCGAUGCAAUACCAAAACAUACUCCACCACAAUCAACAAGAUAUAUGAGUAUUCAUUCUGCUUCAGUAACAACUCGACCUGUUUCAAAUCAUCAAGAUCCUGAACGUGAUGUUAAAGAAGUGGAACAAUGGUUAAACAUUUCAGGUGGCAAUAAUAUAGAUAAUAAUUCUCAUCAACAAGGUGGUACAACACAUGCAUUUAAUGAUUUUAUUGAUCAACGUGCAUCAACAGUACCUGAUCCACCAAUAUCAGAACAAGACAUACAGAUUAAUUUACAACACCCAUCAACACAAAAUCAAUCAAAUGCAUAA